AUGGCUGAUCUGCCCAAGGAACGCAUUCAGGCUUCGCGGCCCUUCAUAGUCACCGGUGUGGAUUAUUGCGGCCCGUUUUAUUACAAGCCUGAAGUGCGCAACAAAUCGCCACAAAAAUGUUAUGUUAGCGUGUUCAUAUGCUUCGCUACAAAAGCUGUUUGGAUGGAGUUGGUAAGAGACCUUUCAACGGGUGCAUUUAUUGACGCAUUAAAAAGAUUCAUAGCCACGCGGGGAAUACGAAGAUGUAUCUGGUCUGACAAUGCAAUGAAUUUUGUAGGCGUUAAGAACGAGCUUAAGGAACUACGAGACUUAGUUCUCAGUGAAAAACACCGCAGCAAACUUCACAACUUUUGCCUCAGUAAUGGUUUCGAUUGGCGCUUCAUUCCCCCUCGCUCCCCGCACUUUGGCGGUUUGUGGGAAGCAGCCGUAAAGACAGCCAAGCAACACUUCUAUCGUUCCGCUAGCUCAUCAAUUCUUGGGUUUGAUGAAUUGCGUACAUUGGUAUGUGAAAUCUCAGCUGUGAUUAAUUCGCGUCCUCUUACCCCUCUUUCAGAAAAUCCAGAGGAUUUGGAUGUCCUAACACCAGGGCAUUUUUUGAUUGGUGGUCCUCUGACAGCUCUUCCUGAACCGGAUCUCACGGCGCUAAAUUACUCGCGACUUGAUCGAUGGCAACGUGUAACAUAUAUACAACAAGUAUUUUGGAGGCGGUGGACUCAAGAGUAUCUCACUCUUCUCCAGCAACGCGCAAAAUGGCUUACGCCUCAAGCCAAUAUUCAAGUCAAUGAUGUCGUGUGCAUAAAGGAAGAAAAUUCACCGCCCUUGAAGUGGCCUCUAGCAAGAGUAAUUGCAGUUAUCCCUGGAGCAGAUGGUGUCGUACGAGUGGCACUUUUGCGAACAUCUAGUGGCAUAAAACGUCGAGCCGUAAACAAACUGUGUGUUCUCGCGGUAAAGGAUUCUGUUGAAAGCCGUGACCUUUCAACGGGGGGGACGAUGUUCGGAGUCGCGGAUGAUCUACCCUAA